AUGCUUAGUGUAAGUACAUGUCCUACAAAACCCGGUACUUGUAAUGGUAGGGAUGUAAUCGCUAUGCGGGAUACAGGUUGUACAUGUGUGAUAGUGAAACGGGACUUAGUAGAAGCAAGUCAGUUUUUAGAGAAAACCCGUAGAUGUAAGUACAUAGAUGGGAGUGAACAUAGGCUAGAUGUAGCUAGAAUAGAUAUUGAUUGUCCGUAUUUCAAGGGUACAGUAGAGGCGUUGGUUGUAGAUAAUCCUACCAAUGAUGUUAUAAUUGGUAAUGUAGAGGGAGCUGUAGAACCUCAGUUUAGUAGUUUAGCGUCAGCAGUAGAAACUAGGGCGCAAGCCAAAGUUAAGAAGCAAGUAAAGCUUAAAGUUCCGUCUCAGAUUUUAGAUGUAUCUAGAGAGGAAUUCUUAGAAAAGCAACAGAAUGAUAGCACUUUAGAUUUGUGUAGAAAGAAGGCUGAGGAAAGUACGAUUAAGCAGUGUAGAGGUAAAGGUUCAGUUAGGUUUGAGAUUAGGAAUAGAUUGUUAUAUAGAGAGUAUACCGCCCAGAAUUUAGACAAAAGUAGACAGUUGAUUGUACCUAAAUGUCUUAGAGAAACUGUGAUGAAAGUUGCACAUGACUCGUUACUGUCAGGCCAUUUAGGUAUAAGGAAAACUAGUGAUAGGGUAUUAGGCGAAUUUUACUGGCCAGGAGUAAUGGCAGAGGUUAGGAGGUACUGUCAGUCAUGUAGUAUUUGUCAACGUACUAUAGCUAAGGGUAGAGUAAGUAAAGUUCCGUUAGGAAAAAUGCCUUUGAUUGAUACUCCGUUUAAGAGAGUUGCCGUCGAUAUCGUUGGUCCGAUCGAACCUAUGACUGAUAGGAAAAACAGGUACAUUUUGACUAUGGUAGAUUAUGCUACUAGAUAUCCGGAAGCCAUAGCACUACCUAGUAUUGAAACUGAGAGAGUAGCAGAGGCAUUAGUAGAUAUGUAUAGUAGAUUAGGAGUGCCAGAGGAAAUGCUUACCGAUUGUGGAUCGCAGUUUACGUCAGACAGAAGUAAGUCUAUACCAGAUAAGGGUAUAUUAAGUAAGGUUGGAGCAGCUAUUGUAGAGGAGGAUCAGAGAGAUUAUGAUAGAUUAGAUCCGAAUGAAAGUAGUGAUGAGUUUUCGAGUAGAGUAGAAAAGGAUAUAGUUUUGUGUCCUAUAAAGCAGGGUACAGAAGCGUACAAAGAUGUAGAGGUAAAUCCAGAGUUACCAGUAGAAUGUAAGCAGGAAGUAGUAGAUUUGUUAGACAAUUUCUCAAAGGUAUUGACAGAUAUUUAUUUUGUAUGUGUAUUUUUAUUGAUAUUUUUUAAGUUUAUCUCAAAUGUCGGCGCCAUUGCAGUUCCGCUCACAGAUUUGACGAAAAAGGGUCAGCCAAAUCUUGUAGAGUGGGGUGAAAGUCAAGAAAAGGCUUUCCAGACUUUGAAGGCUAGCUUAAUGGGUCCGCCUAUUUUGAAGUUGCCAGAUUUAGAUCAGACUUUUAUAUUGAGAGUAGAUGCUUCAGAUUUAGGUUUAGGCUCAGUAUUGCUUCAGGAAAGUGAUGGAGAGAAAUUACCUGUAGCGUAUGCUAGUAGAAAAUUGCUACCUAGGGAGCAAAAGUACUCAGUGAUAGAGAAGGAGUGUUUAGCGAUAGUAUGGGCAGUAGCUAAGUUUCACCGGUAUUUGUUCGGUAAAGACUUUGUAUUAGAGACAGAUCAUCAGCCGCUCACUUAUUUGAAUAAAGCGAAACUUAGCAAUUCCAGGCUGAUGAGAUGGGCAUUGGCAUUGCAGCCAUAUAGGAUCAGUAUUAGAGCAAUUCCUGGUAGAGAAAAUGUAGGCGCAGAUUAUUUGAGUAGAGUGUAGGCAGGUGGCUAUAUUAUAUGAUGUACAGAUAGUGACAGUGUGUGUUUUCUUUUUGUGUUUGCUAUUUUCAGUAUGUCAUUUUGCUUUCAAUUAAGAAAAUUAUAAAUUUUCUUUUUAAGGGGGGACGUGUGUCACAAAUUGACAUACGGGCCUUAUUUUAUAUGUAGUGUAAAUGCAGGUAUUGCAUCAUCUUUUUGUAAAUUUUUGAGUUAUUGAGGUAAAUGUCAGAUUUCACGCAUGAAAUACCUCUCAUGUUUUUCUGUAUUUCAUAACUUAAAUUUCCAUGUAAAUUUCAUUAAAUUCUGUUCAGUAAUAAGAAAGUUGAUAUUUUAUAAACUUCAGUAAUUUAUGUUUUUAUCCCCAAAACCACUAUAAUGGGCCUCAAAUUGUCAAUUUAAAUUCGCGCCAAAGUAGUUAGAUUCCCCGGCUAUAUCGUGAAUCCCGUGAAAAUAGAAAUAGUAAGAGUCCACGGCUUAGCCGUGAAUCCUAUGAAAUUUAGUAUUUGGCGGGACAUUAUCCUUUAAAUAGACUGGACUAGAUAUGCCUUGCGCACACCACCUUCCGACUUUAUAGACGAAUCUAUGUCUGAAUUAUUUUCUUGCUAGAAAUUUAUGCUCGAUCGAGCUUCUUCCGCCAGACGAUUUUUCCUGGUGAUGUCAUAACCCGGAAGUACAAUGCCCGAGGUUCACUUGUCUUCACUCGCCUGGAUGUGAUAUUCCCAGCGCAGAGCUUUCGUCCCAUGGUUGUGCCGUAAACCGCAAAGACGAUGAUUUUUGUUAUCCUCUGAAGUCAGCUCAGGGAUGCAAUCACCUACCACCAUAGGGAGCCAACACGGAAUCAACGUAUUCACGGUUUAAAGGGACUGUAUUUUGAAUUUAGAAGCUACGUUUCGUUUGUGCUACUUAAAGUUCACAAUUGAAUUAAAGAACUGUGUCACGUCAGAUUAGAAUGGACUAUAAGAACUUUUGUAUCUAGAGAUACUGAACUUUCUUUUUUUUUUCUUUCUUAUAAUCAGUUUUUUUUUCUUUUCAUAUCUAUUCAUUGUUAAUAAUCAUCUUUUGUAAAUAAAUUUGUAAAUAUUGUAAAGGGUGUUGAUUUGUUCUGAUGGUUACUGUCGCCGGUACGGCCUUUCCUGU